AUGAGAAGUCUCCUCAUUAGGCAAGUUAAUUCUCUCACGCGUCGUGCUUAUUCAGCCAGCAUUGGCAGUGAAGUUGAAAAUGUAAAGCCAUUCUCUGAAAUGCCAACAAUAACAUUCUUUAAAAUGGUUAAGGAGAGCUUGCCAGGCGGGAAAUAUUACAAUAAAUCUAUUAAGGACGUGUUGCAGGCAUUCUUUGAUGAGUUUGGAGAAGCUGUAAGAAUUCCAGCUAUGCUGGGCAAUCCAGAAAUUGUGAUGUCAUAUAACUCUGAAAAUUUUGAGAAGAUUUUCAGAGCCGAAGGAACCUGGCCUGUACGAACAGGUCUUGACUCCCUUGAAUACUACAGAGAUACAAAACGUCCAGAAAUCUACAAGGAUCUAGGAAGUCUUUUUGUAUCACAUGGCGAGAAGUGGUCAAACAUGAGGUCUAUAGCCAAUCCAAUUUUGAUGCAACCAAAGACAAUCAAGAAGUAUACAACUCAGGUUGAUGACAUUGCUAAGGAGUUUAUUGAAUUAAUGAGGAAAAUAAGGAACGACAAAAGUGAGAUGCCAGGUGACUUCUCUAAUUACAUCAACACAUGGUCACUUGAGUCAGUUACUGCAGUUGGUCUAGAACGCAGACUUAAUCUAUUCGAUCCAAACACAAACGAUGAAAAUGCCAAGAAAUUGAUUAAAGGAAUUCGAGACUUUUUCGAAAUGUCAGCAGAAUAUGAUGGUAAAGCAUCAGUAUGGAAGUAUUAUCAGACAAAAGGAUUUAAAGAAUUUCUGACUGUUUAUGAUACUUUGACUGAUGUGAUUCUUUAUUACAUCGAUCUGGCUAUAAAAGAAAUGGAUCAAGAAAAGUCAACAGCAUCUGAGAGUGAAGACAGCAUUUUAAAAAAGCUCCUUCGAGUUGACAAACGAGUUGCUGUUAUUGUCGUGUCUGAUUUGAUGCUAGCUGGUGUUGAUACAACAGCCAGUGCCGUUCUGAACACAAUCUACUGCCUCGCCAAAAAUCCAGAAAAGCAAGAAAUUCUUCGACAAGAACUAAUCAACAUACUACCUGAAAAAAAUUCAAGAAUGACAUCAGAGAACAAUAAGAACAUGCCAUAUCUUCGUGCUGUGAUAAAGGAAGCAAUGCGCUUAUUUCCAGUAGCAUCUGGAAAUGUUAGACAAACGACGAAAGAAAUUGUGAUAUCCGGAUAUCAAGUACCAGCUAAUACACAUGUUGGUCUUCAGUUUCACUUGGAUUUAAUAAAUGAGAAAUAUUAUCCAAAUCCUGACAAGUUUCUUCCUGAAAGAUGGUUAAGGGAUCAAAGUGACAAUAACAGCAGAGCUGGUGUAGCUAAUCCAUUUUCAUUUUUACCAUUCGGAUUUGGGGUUAGAAGUUGCAUUGGAAAGAGAAUUGCUGAGCUCGAGCUUGAAACUUUAGUAGCCAACAUAAUUAGGAACUUUAAGGUUGAAUGGCACUAUCCAGACAUGAAGAUUAAAAGCACAUUUGUCAACAUUCCUGAUUCUGAGAUGAGAUUCAAAAUGAUCGAACUUUGA